AUGUCUGCACACAUCUAUCACGGAGUCUUGAUAUCGGGAUCGGACAUGUGUGACUCUUUUGGACCACUAAAUCAUCUUGUCCCCGUUUUCAUGCCAAACUUCCGCGAGUCUCGUGCACAUGAUUUACUCAGCGACGAUUCUACCGACACCAGCAGUGACGCGGAAUCAUCUUCGGGUCAUUCUCAAGCCUCUCUUGGUCUCGAGGAUGUGGACUGAUAACGCUCAACUUGUCCACCUACCCCUCCCCCUUUCUGUACAAAUGCGAAUUCCAAUAAUAGCUUCAAAUUCACAGA